CGCUACAUCACGCAGCUCAAGUCUCAGAUCAACAGUCUGGAGGCGGAGCUGGAGGAGCAGCGUGUGCAGAAACAGCGCGCCCUGCUGGAGAACGAGCAGCUGCGCAUGGAGCUGGAGGCCACGCGCCGCCGCAACGCAGAGCACGAGAGCCAGCAGAGUCUCUUCGACGAGGCCGACAAGAAGUCCCAGGCCACUGAGCAGCGCUACAACAAGCUGAAGGAGAAGCACGCUGAGCUGGUGUCCCAUCAUGCAGAACUCCUCAGGAAGAGUGCUGAUACAGUGAAGAUGCUGUCAGCCACUCAGCAGACUCAGGAGGAAGUGGAGAGGACCAAACAGCAGCUGGCUUUUGAAGUGGAGCGUGUGCGUCAGGAGGCCGAGAUGAAGAUGGAGGAACAGAAGUUUGAGAUGGAGAAACUCCGCAGGGAGAUGGAGGAAAAGAAUGCAGAGAUGGCGCGAAUCAAGAGCACAAUGGAGGCUAAUACCAAGACGGAUCAGGAGCGCAGCAGCUCGUUGGUGGCGCUGCAGGCGGAGAAGGAGCGCUUGAUGCGCAGCGUGAGCGAGAAGGAGGCGGAGCUGUCGUCGGUCCGGCAGGCGCACCAGCAGAAGGAGAGCUCCCUGCAGCAGGACCGCGAGCGCAGCGCACGAGAGAUGGACCAGCUGCACAGCAAACUCAAGGAGAAGUCGAGUCGAGAGGAGCAGCUGCAGCAGAAGCUGUUGGAGGAGCAGUUUGCCCUGCUGCAGGGCACUGUGACUGAGGCCGAGAACAUCAUCCAGGACGCCCUGGCCAAGCUGGACGACCCCCUGCACAUCCGCUGCACCAGCUCACCAGACUACCUGGUCAGUCGAGCUGAGGCCACCCUGGGCUCCAUUGAUAAGGUCAAGACUGGACAUGCGGACUACCUGAAGAACAUGAGCGAUGCCGGAGGCCUGCUGAGAGCUCUGACUCAGUUCUCCCACCUGACGGCCGACACCAUCAUCAAUGGCAGCGCCACUGCCCACAUGGCACCCACUGACCACGCUGACCGUCUGACUGAGAACUGUAGGGGUUGUGCAAAUAAGAGUCUGGAGUUCCUGAGGGAUUUGAAGUCUAAAGCAUCACUGAGAUCUGCUGAUCCUGCCGCCAUACGCGCAGCAGUGCAGAAGAUCCUAAUGCUGGGACAGGAGCUGAGGCCCAAAGGAGCUGACGUGGGGAAAGAUGAGCUGGGUGAUUUGGUUGAUAAGGAGAUGGCUUCCACGUCUGCUGCUAUUGAGGAGGCUGUUCGUCGAAUUGAUGAAAUGAUGAAUCAAGCCAGGAAGGACACUCAGGGGGUCAAACUAGAGGUCAACGAGAGGAUCCUGUUCAGCUGUACUGACCUCAUGAAGGCAAUCCGUGCGCUGAUCAUCUCCUCCACUGACCUGCAGAAGGAGAUUGUGGAGGGAUCACGGGGUGCUGCUACCAUUAAAGAGUUCUACGCCCGCAACUCACGCUGGACUGAAGGACUCAUCUCGGCCGCCAAGGCUGUGGGCUGGGGUGCCACUCAGAUGGUGGACUCUGCGGAUAAGGUGGUGCUGCACACGGGCAAGUACGAGGAGCUCAUCGUGUGCUCGCACGAGAUCGCCGCCAGCACCGCACAGCUGGUGGCCGCCUCCAAGGUGAAAGCGGACCGCAACAGUACGAAGCUGAGCACUCUGCAGCAGGCCAGCAGGCGUGUGAAUGAGAUGGCUGCCAAUGUGGUGGCCUCCACCAAAACAGGCCAGGGGCAGGUGGAGGAGAAAGACACUAUGGACUUCUCUGGCUUGUCCCUCAUCAAACUUAAGAUGGAGGAGAUGGAGUCUCAGGUGAAGGUGCUGGAGCUGGAGUCUCAGCUGGAGAACGAGCGCUUGCGUCUGGGCGAGCUCCGCAAGAAGCACUACGAUAUCGCGGGCGUUCCCAUGGACGCUGCCGCCCAGGACAACGGCCUCCGCGCCCCCUCACCCUCGCCGGCCGCCCCCGCCUCGCCCAAGCCCUCCAAACCCGGCCUCAUGAAGAAGCCCGCGCUCGCCAGCAAGCCCAACAUCCCCCCCAAGUCUGCCUUCAGGUAAGCUAACGGAGGACAGCAUGCUGACGCUGACAUGGACCGAGCUUCAAAGAGGAGUUCUCCUCUCCACCCCCAAUCUGUCCAUCCCUAUAUCAGUCCUCUCCUCCCCUAUUCUAUCCAUCCCUAUAUCUCUCAGAUGAGGACUUCACUGGUUGACUUAACAACAGGAUUUAUCACUUUUCAUUCAAUAUAGGUCCUUAUUUGUGUCCGAACAACUGUUACUGUUUUUUUUAAAAAGGGAGUUUUGGAGGGAUAAAGUGUAUCCACUGCAAUAUAUGAUGAUGAAGGGCAAUUUAUGAAGUCUGUGAUGUCACUGAAUUUGCUAUAACUGGGUUUUGUGAGUGAAUGUGUAUUGUGUUUGUUUCAGUUUGUACACAUAUAUAGUCAUUUAAAAUGUUUUGUGUUUUUUGGGGGUGGAUGCGUGUAUGGGCACAGUCAAGCAGGUAGAAGCACACAUUCUUUGUUUUUUUUGUUUGUUUUUAAAUCCCUCUCUGUCAGUCUACAUUUAUUUAGGCCACUCAGGACAAAGCCUUUGAAUGAAUCCCAGUCCCAGUGUUUGAUUUGUGCUUGUGUCGGCUUGAUGUACCCCCUCAAAGUCCAGCACAAAUACAGAUACGACACAUUCAUAUUCAGGGAGGUGUAUAUCAUAUUGUAAUAUUGAGGUUAUGUGACUGGCUAGUGUAGCAGUAGAAUAAUGUACACUAACAGACUGAUUUAAAACUAUCUAUUGUAUCUUUUAAGUAUCAAGGGGAAAAAGAAAAAGUAAACAGACUUUAGUGGGGGGAAAUUGUGCCUUUCUCUCUUUACAUGAGACUUUUAAAUAUCGAUGGUAAAGUUUUUAUAUUCUCACUCCUCUGCUGCUCUGAGGGGCCUCCAUACUCGUGGGCAGUUCUCCGUGGAUGUAUGGGGACUCCUAGUGGUAGUGUAAUGCAUAGUUCUGCAGUGCAGGUGUGUAUAGCUCACUUUAGGCUCUAUAGAAUAGUGUCACUGUCUGGCCUUCAUCAAAAUGCAUUGCCAUAGCUCUCUACGUGUAUAAGAAGCAUAUUCACUACACUUAAGAAUCAAGUGUGUCACUUAAGCACACGUGAUUGGUGAUUGCAUGAUUGAGUCGCACCAAUCGGCCAACUCCUACUGUUCAAAAUCCCUAAACCCUUUAAGAUUGGGUGUGUGCAUUAAACAUAUUUUGGUUCGUUCUGUUUGUUAUUCCUUUGGUGUAAAAUGGACGUGGGUAUCUGAGAUUGGGUUUAUGGUGGUGCUGGAAAAUUCUAGAAUGCUGUGCAUAUCUACUGAGGGUCUGUCAAUGUCUGGGGCCUUUUUAAGGAGAUGCCUAUUCUCUCUUUCUGAAAGGGGUCGUAUCAAAUAUGCUUUCCUUUUUGUGUUCACUCCUCAUGUCUUUCUAAGAAAACAUGUCUUUAUAUACUGAAAUCAUAUUAAUAUAUUUUAGACUGUGCUAUCCUGAAAUUAAAUAAAUGUACAUGUAAAAUGAACAAUAAACGUUUAUGAAAGAAA